AAACCCCAAAUGUCAAACAAAUUGUCACUUUCUCGAUGGCUUCAAUGUUGUGAACGUGAAAUACUUAUUUUCAUAAUACAUAUGUGUUUACUCGACAAUUUUUAUUACUUUUCGCCGAUACACCUACGUCAUCGCUACCGUAACAUAAAUUAGUUCAAGUGACUUGUAUUACGUCGCGAAUUCAAGACGAAAUGUCAUAAAUAUGUGGCGCGCGUAACGGAUGCAUCGUUUCCUACAUUCCUUCGCCAUAAACGAAACGUAACGUUUGUUUCCUAUGUGAUGUUAUUGCUAAGUGGCGGCGGGUAGCUCAGGAAGAUGCCUUUCAAGUUGAAGUUGAAGAAGACGCGGCAGUACAAUGUAGCGUCGAAGAGCUUGUUUGUGAUAAGUGUGGAGCUGCUGGAUGGCGGGGUGGCGGACUGCACGCUGUCCGUGGACAGCACGGGGCAGGAGUGCCUCGACAACGUUUGCCAGCGGCAGGCCGUCAUGCAGCCCGAGCUCUUCGGGCUGCGCUACGUCAACCGCAGCCAGCAGCCGCGCUGGGUACAGCUCGAGCGCCCGCUCAAACGCCAACUAGAGAAGUACGCGUCCUCCCACCAGCUGUAUCUGCGAGUCAUGUACUAUGUUAUAUCAGGAACAAGCUUGAUCACUGAUGAAGUCACUAGGUACCACUACUUCCUGCAGCUGAAGAAUGAUUUGAUAGAGGGCAGGAUCAUUUGUGACUGCCAGCAAGCUGUGGUGCUUGCAUCCUACAGCAGGCAAGCUGAGUAUGGUAACCAUGACCGGGAGAGACACACUGUUGAUUACCUCAAGAACUUGCUCACCUUCCCAAAGCAAAUGCUGGAUGGAGGACAGAUCAUUGAUGGGAGUACCCUGGCAGAGACUGGACGGUUGGAGUGGCUGACUGAGGCAGUCAUACAGCACCACAUGGCUCUGCACAACAUGUCACAGGCACAAGCAGAAGAAGGUUUCAUCACAACGUGUCAGCAGCUCCGCGGGUACGGACAGGAGAUGUUCAGCGCCCGCGACCAGCUCAACCAGAGCGAAGUCACCAUCGCCAUCUCACUCACCGGCAUCCGAGUGCUCACGGAGACCAGCGAGACACCUCACUUCUACAGAUGGAUGGACAUAACGAACGUGAUAAACCACAAGCGCACGUUCAGCAUAGAGUGUCAGAAGCAGACUGGCUCGGCUUCCUUCACGCUGGCCAGCCCUGAGGAUGGCAAGUACGUGUGGUGGUCCUGUGUCCAGCAACAUACCUUCUACAUGAAACACCAGAGCGCACUCAGCGAGGCUCCCAGGGAUGAGCACAGGCCUAAGUUCCAGGAGCACGGUCUGUCGGACAGUCGCGAGGAGCUGGACGCGCGCGAGGUGGGCAGCAUGUCCCGGCUGUCCCCGCUGUCGGCGGCGCACCGCGCGUACUCCACGUCCUGCCUCGAGCUCGCAGACCAGCACCAUCACCAGCAUCAGCCGCCGCCGCUGCCCCAGAAUAGAGCGUUGCUGCCGUCGUACCGUCCGGCGCCGGACUACGAAACGGCCAUCCAGCAGAAGUACCAGCAGCAGCGCGCGGAGGCGGCGCUGCGGUACGGGCGCGGCGCCGGCGCCGGCGCAGGCAAGGCGUACGGCUCGCAGCCCGACAUCCCGCGCCUCUACCCCGACGUCGCGCGACACACGCCGCGCCCGCCCGCCCCGGACGACUACCCCUACGGCCUCAACUUCAUCGGCGCCAACUACCCCUUCGCCGUCAACCCCAACGUCCAGACCGAUCUCAACCAGCUCCACUUCGUGAACGUGUACAAGCCCCCGCCCCCCUACCCGUCCAACGGGCUCGCCUCCAACUCCACGCCCGACCUGGCGGUGGCCAGCCAGGCCCUCAACUACCACCGCGGGUACAUCAACUCGCACGUGUCCGGCUCCAGCCCCGACCUGGUCUCCACGCGCUCCGCGCUCAACAGGCAGUACUUAGGCUACAUCAAUACUAGUCACAUUAACUACGGACGGCCUAACGUAAUGCCUGGCACGCACGGGACCUACAACAACCUCGCCUCGGUGCUCGACCCCAAGCCCCACAUCAUACUAGACCCCCACCACAUAUCCGACAACAUACAGAAGGUGUACGACGAGCGAGGGAACAUCAUGUACUCCAUGCCCAUGCACAGGAUGCCCUACCAGAGGCACGUCGUGCUGCCGCAGUCACAACAAAUUAAGCUAGGAGACACACAGGAACCCAUUUAUGAAAACGUCCCUCUGCCGUGGCAGAACGAGGGGAAAAUUACAAUGAGGGAUCGAGCGCAGAGCCUCACCACUACCGACGAGAUCGCAAGGCUAAACGAACGGAACAGCAGUCACCCGACGAUAAACAAAUAUUUACCCCCCAACAUAAACAUCCCGUACGCCGCCGUGAAGGUGGACAGCCCGGACAGCCACUACGUGAACGCGCAGAUGAUCCAGGGCGUGCGGGAGUCCGGCGCCGGCCACGAGGUGGCGCUGGCCGCGGAGCGCCUGUCGCUGCAGCAGGACGAGCGCGGCGGCGACGAGACGCCCUACCAGAGCCUGUCCACGCACCGCGUCACCAACAACAACACGAUACACAAGCCCGAUAACGUCACCUCCAUCGUAGUCGGCGACGCGCGCCCGUCCGCGACGGACCUCAGCUCCUCCACGCCCGACACCACCAACUCCAGCAUGGACACCGACACCAGCAAGGCCAGCAGCAAAGAGAAGAAGCGGCGGCGCUGGGGCGUCUUCAUGGGCCGCACCAACAAGGCGGAGGCCCGCAGCGCCACGCUGGGCCGCGCCAGGCCUGCGCCCCCGCCACACACGCACCGCUGGUCCACCGGCCUGCCCAAGUUCCAGCCCCUGCCACCCAGCAUCACCAAAGAAACUAUGGUUCAAAUCCUAGAGCGCAAGAUGUCGGACGAGCAGCUAUCGUUUGCAUUCGAGCAGAUCCCGAAGGGCCGCGAGACAGGCGGGGACUUCCGCACCGCCCUGCUCCCGCAGCACGGCGCCCUCAACGGGUUCAGCACCGACCACCUUCCUUACGAAGACAACCGCGUCAGGUUACACCCCACACCGAACAACCCACAUGGCUAUAUUAACGCCUCGCAUAUCACUAUGACAGUAGGUAGUACUCAACGAUUUUACGUAAUAGCAAAAGUGGGUAACGCGCCGGCCACGAGCACGACGGUGACGGGCUGUACGUGCGGCGGGGGCUGCGCCCUCGUGUGGCAGGCCGCCUGGCAGGUCGGGGCGCCGCUCAUGGCCCGGGUCUCCGGCCCCGGACACCCCCACUACUUACCUCACGACAACACCACUAAAGACUUCGGGAAGUUCCAGGUGUCGUGCGGCACGUCGUCGCGCACGUCGUGGGGCGCGUCGGUGCUGGUGCGCGUGCGCAGCGGGGCGCGCGCGCGCGACCUCUGGCACGUGCACUUCGCGCUCUGGCACGCCCAGCCGGUGCCGCCCGACUCCAUCGCGCACUUCCUCGCGUUCCUGUCGGAAGUGAACAGCUUGCGGCUGGCAUGCGAGGCGGAGGCGGGCGCGGGGCGCGGCGUGGGCGGCGUGCUGGGGGGCGGCGGGGGGGGCGCCGGCGCCGCGCUGCUGUUCUGCUGCGAGCAGGGCGCCGGGCGCAGCGGGACUGCGCUCGCUGCAGACCUACUGCACGACAUACUCGAUAACAACCAGGAGCUGGACAUCCCGCGCACAAUAAGCAUGUUGCACCAACAACGCGCCAACCUCAUACAGAACGUGCAGCAGUACAAGUUCCUGCACCAACUCCUGCUGCACUACCUCAAGCAGUCGCGGCUCAUAUAGGCUAACUAUAUACGAAGCAAUUAUAUCUAUAAACAGACACACAUAAAGAAAAUAACGAAAAACGAAUCGAUACUUGUAACAAAACUAACGCGACGAUAGUGCUAUGUUUUACAAACACUGCCCUAUGGACAGAUUAAUAUAUUAAAGUGACUUCUGGUAAUCACAAGAGAUUGACUAAUAUUUAUAUAAGUUCUAAACCUAACAUAAUGUAUUAUCGAGUCAAUUUAAUCGAUAUUAUAAUUGUUGGACAAUCGAUACUCGAUACGUUGCUCAACUCGCCCGUGAUCAGAGCAUGCCUUACGCAAAUUAUACCAUAAUUUGGCCCUAAGGUUGAAUUGAAACAAUAUUGUAUUAGACCAAGUUGUAAUAUCUACUUUACACUUGUAGAUGUAAGAUAUAAUAUCGAUCGACUGGAUCAUAGAUCUACUACUUUUGAGAUUUUUACGAUUGAUGACUGAGAUGACAAAAUGUUCCACCUUCAUCUAGUGAUUUUGUAUAUUGUGUAUUUAUUUAAUGUUUUAUAAUAAAUGAUGUUUGUAUAGAGAGUGAUUUUUAUGAACUUAGAGUUUUUUGUGAUUGUUGAAUGGAUUUAUUAUGAUAUCCCCUUUGCGGAUGUGUUUAAAUGAAUUUAUAUAUAAAUCAAUGAAAGUAUUAUUAUGUAACAGUGGGGCAGGAUGGCUGGUGUUUCUUACCGUUUGUAUUUAAAGUCAAUAUUACUGCCGCUCAAAAAUCAUACACAAGAAUACUCGUGGAUAGUUUAACUUGUACUAUUUUUGUAUAAUUCCCCGCCGGUUGUUCUGCCCCACGCAAUGAGUUACUUGUGAAUUGUAUUGACGUGCCUUAGUCAGAGAUUAUUGAUGAUCUGAUGUUUCUAUCGCGUGCCUUCUAGGAUUAUGUAAGUUGUUAUUUGAAGGAUUUCAACAUUCGCUAUACUUAUACAUAUGUUAUGUUGUUCUUCUUGCAAAAUAUUGGUUUCUGUACCAUGUGUAACAAGUUGUUAUAGUAUUGAUAACUUGGAUAAUAUUAUGUAAAUUUUAGCACGGAAAACGAUUUAAAAUACUGUAUUGUAAAAUUUUCAGUAAAGUCAAAAUAUUUUUUUCAAUUAGAACCUUACACACUUGAAAGACAAAGCUUCAAGAUAAAAAGUGUCAGUCUGUCGGUCAGUCUUCUUAGUGAAGCUGUUUGCUGAAACAAAUAAAAUUUUCUAAAAUAUCAAAAUCCCUGUAUAUGUCAGUUUUGAGUGACCAGUGAAGUAGAAAUGUGUUUUAUGUUACAAUAUUUUGCAAUGAAGAACAGAUGCAGAAUGUUGCUCGAUGUUGUUGAAAUUCUUCGUGAUGGCUGUUUUUACCGUUUGUAAUCAAUGUGUACCGUAAA